AUGGACCAGGUUGCUGACGUCGUAAAUGAAACAAUCAAGGCACCUGAAAAUGCUACAAAAACCCCGACCGUUGAGCUUAAUUUAGAGUCGUCUAUUGCGUCCCUUGCUCUUUUUCUUAUGGCCGUUAUAUCGAUUUAUAUCGGAUCAAAACGUUCGGUGCAUGCCCUCAAGUCUUCCCUUGAAGAAGAGAAUACCAAGAAUUUAGAAAUUAUGUCGAAAGAAGAUGCAAUGAAGUUCCCAUUAUUUGCCAGUAUGGCAUUGCUGGGCAUUUACUUGGUUUUUAAGGCACACUGUCAAUCACCUUGUACCAUCCUGUUUUCCAAAUCUGAAGUACUCUAUCUCAAUGAAAUCGUCCUCGCCAGAAUCGGAAGAGAACUCAAGUGGUUUGGUUCAACUUCAUUUAGUUACAUGUUUUUAGAAUGUUUUAGUUUUGACUUCGAGCGCAAAGACGUAUUUCCUCUUGCCUUUUCCCUGGCAGUUGGCUUUACUUAUCUAUUUACUCAGCACUGGAUAAGCAACAACAUAAUCGGCGUUGCGAUUGCAACUACGGCCAUCGAGUACUUACACCUUGAUAAAGUAAUCAAUGGCUGCAUUCUCCUGAGUGGACUAUUUUUCUACGACAUCUUUUGGGUCUUUGCUACUGAUGUCAUGGUUUCUGUAGCAAAGUCAUUUGAAGCCCCCAUCAAAGUUGUAUUUCCACGGGACAUUCUGACUGGUGGAUUAUUCUCCAAGGAGUUGUCCAUGCUUGGUCUUGGGGACAUCGUCAUUCCUGGCAUCUUUCUUGCCUUGCUUCUGCGUUUCGACGCUAGACUUAACAGAAAUGGAUGUCAGACUUAUUUUUGGACGUCCUUCUUUGCCUAUGUUGUUGGACUACUUGCCACCUUCGCGGCAAUGUACAUCUUCAAACAUGCUCAGCCUGCCCUUCUGUACCUCGUUCCUACUUGCCUGGGCUUCCCUCUCACGCUGGCUCUCAUAAAGGGUGAUUUGGGCGCAAUGUUCAAGUGA